AUGGAUCAUCCACGGCAUUAUUGUCGGCUGAAGCAGAGACAGAAACAGCAGAAACAGCAGCAUCAGCAUCAGCAUCAGCAUCAGCAUUGGAUGCCCCCAGUUAGGAUUUUGCGGCGGGACGCCCUAUUCGUACCUAUCACAGUGAGGCGAAAACUGGCCCAACUCAGCUUUGCGGCGGGAUGGACAACAACGGGAUAUCAUCAUCGCUGA